AUGUCUGUGGAGCUUCUUGGUCCAUCCGAAUCGCCAACUCGGAAACCCCGAUUCCUAAAUCCCGAUUUCCUUCUUUUGCCUAAUGAAGUACUGCUCCUCGUUGCAAAUUUUUUAGAGAGAGAAACCGACAUAAACUCAUUGGCUAAGACCAACCGGCGGUUUUAUUCUCCCCUCAAUCCAUACUUAUACCGACGUAAUUCACUACAGUCUGGAAGUUCGGCGCUGCUAUGGGCUGCCCAAGAAGGAAUGGCGGCGACGGCUCGAACCUGCGUUUUGGAAGGAGCUAACGUUGAGGCGAUCAAUAGCCAUGGCAGAACACCGCUAUUUCAGGCUGCGGUGGAAGGCCACGAAGAGGUGUUGAAGCUGUUACUGGAGACUGGGCGGGUAGAUGUGGACUCGAAGGACUCGGAUGAUCGCACGCCACUAUCUGUGGCUGCGGGGCAUGGUUACGAGGCGGUAGUGAAGCUGUUGCUUGCGACUGGGCGAGUGAAUAUCGACUCGAAGGACAGGUGUUAUCGCACGCCAUUUUUUUGGGCUGCGGCGAGAGGCCACGAAGCAGUGUUGAAGCUGUUACUGGAAACUGGGCGAGUGAAUGUCGACUCAAAGGACCCGUUUGAUCGCACGCCACUAUCCGUGGCUGCGGAGCAGGGCCACGAGGCAGUGGGGAAGCUGUUGCUUGCGACUGGGCGAGCUCAAAGGAUAUGUAUGAUCGCACGCCAUUGUUUUUGGCUGCGAUGGAAGGCCAUGAAGCUGUGA